AUGGAUUCUCAAUCUCUAUCUUUAUUCAAGAAGAAACAACAAAGAGAAAUAUCAUAGGCACUGUUAUACGAAAGAUAAGUUAGAGAAAAAGAACUACAAAAAAGCUAAAUUGUUUUGAAAUCUUGUGAAAGAAUGUCAUUGAUUACUGAUAGAUAACUAUAGAAAUUAAAAUAAAGCCAAAUAUCCACAGUUAAGCAUCAAUAAAAUGAGCCUAGAUUUAAAUCCUUAGAGAGCGAUGCAAUUCAUAUAAGGUAAUUCGAUCUUUCUGCAGCUCUAGGCCGAAAUUAGAGUUGGACUAAGAAGCAUAUGAUAGAUGGAUGAAAUUUCAAAAAAGAUAAUUAAAUAGAAUAUAGACAGAAAAGUUGAGGAAAUUUGAGUUGAAAAUUGAAAGAGGAGAAAAAAUAAAAAUGAUGAAAGAAUUAGAAUAAAAAAAUAAAUAAAAAUUAAGAAUUGAAACAAACAUCUAAAAAGAGAAAAUUCACGAUGCAUAUACUCAAAGGCUUUAUGUAAAUAUUCUGAUAUAGCUUUUUAAUUUAGAAAUUGCAGAAAAAAGUAUACGCAAAGUCAAUCAAAUUUGUUUGACC